AUGCACUGGGCGCGGCUGGUUUCCGGUCCUGCGCCGUCUCUGGAGCGGAUUGGAACCCGGAGUCAGGACUGGAUAAAUGAAGGGUCUCCUGCAGGGAAGGUUCCAGUGAUGGCUGAGCAAACACCAGAUGAGUUCAUCUGGUGCGAGGAAUGUGGCCAGUACCAUGACACAGAGUGUCCUGAGCUGGGACCACUGGUGACCGUCCAGGACUCCUUCGUCCUCAGCCGAGCUCGGUCAUCUCUACCAAACAGCCUGGAGAUCAGAGCGGUGGAUGACGGGGAGGAGGGCGUGUUCGUCCUGCGGCGCCUGGUCAAGAGAACCCGGUUCGGCCCCUUUGAGGCGAAGAGGGUCCACCACCUGGAGAAGGAAGGAGCGUUUCCUCUGAAGAUCUUCCAGAGGGAUGGCCUGGUGGUGUGUUUUGACUCCAGCUGUGAAGAAGACUGCAACUGGAUGAUGCUGGUGCGUCCUGCGGCCGAUCACAACCACCAGAACCUGACGGCGUACCAGCAGGACGACGACCUGUACUUCAACACCUCCCAGGAUGUGCUUCCGGGCACAGAGCUGAGGGUCUGGUACGGAGCUUUCUACGCCAAGAAGUUGGAGAAGCCCGUGCUGAGGCCUCCACUUCAGCCACUUCCACAAGAUGUGACGUCUUUAUCUGCUAACUCAGAGACCUCAGAGAACAGUGGAGCUCACGUGCCACCAGUGGCUGAAAAGCCCAACACAGGCAACGCGCUGAGUCACCUCGAUGAGAUGAACACAGUAAAUGAGCUCCCAGAUGACCAGCACCUGCCCCAAGAAGAGAGCCUGGUGGGCCCUGAAGAGGAGGAGACCCGCCCCCCCGCUGUACAUCGGGUCCCCAAGCUGGGCCGCAGAGGAAGGAGAACUAAGGGGCGCAGGCCGGGGGCAGGCAAAAACAAAGAUGUGAAGCCCCCGGUGGAAAGGUCGGAGCCGGUGGCCUCAGGGGCAGCGGCAGAGCGAGCUCCAGAGAGCACAGCUGUGCAGAAGAGACACAAAGUCCGAGAGCACAAGAGGGUGUACCGCUGCUCCCUCUGCAACAAGGUCUUCCAGAACAGCAGCAACCUCAACAGGCACAUCCGAUCUCAUGGUGAUAAACUGUUCAAGUGUGAUGAAUGUGACAAGUUGUUCAGCCGCAAGGAGAGUCUGAAGCAGCACAUCUCUUACAAGCACAGCAAGAACAUGCCCGACCAGGAUUACAAAUACAAAUGCAACACGUGUGAGAAAUCCUUCCGCCUGGAAAAUGCCUUAAAGUUCCACAACUGCAGGACAGAUGACAAGACAUUCCAGUGUGACAUCUGCUCGCGGUUCUUCUCCACCAACAGCAACCUCUCCAAGCACAAGAAGAAGCACGGCGAGAAGCUCUACUCCUGUGAGAUCUGCAACAAGAUGUUCUACCGCAAAGACGUGAUGCAGGAGCACCACAGGAGGCACGGUGUGGGACCAAAGCACCUGAAGAGAGAGGACCUGGAGGCCAAUGGGGAAGAAGGGACCAAGUACAGGAAGGAGCCGUCGCCCUGUCCCAUCUGUGGCAAGGUGUUCUCCUGCAGGAGCAACAUGAACAAGCACCUGCUGACCCACGGCGAUAAGAAGUACACCUGUGAGAUCUGCGGCCGCAAGUUCUUCCGCGUGGACGUCCUCCGAGAUCACAUCCACGUUCACUUCAAGGACAUCGCCUUAAUGGACGAGCAGGAGAGGGAAGUCUUCAUCAAGAAAAUCGGCAUCUCGGCAGGAGACAGCGACGACACAGACGAAGAAGAUGAUGAAGAUGAGGACGAUCCUGAGCACCACAAGUACAACUGCAAGAAAUGUCAGCUGUCGUUUGCCAAGGGGAGGGAGUACCUGAAGCACAUCAUGGAGCAGCACAAGGAGAGAGGUUACGGCUGUGGGAUCUGCAACCGACGCUUCGCACUGAAAGCCACGUACAACGCUCACCUGGUCAUACACCGAGAGCAGCUGCCCGACCCUUCAGUGCAGAAGUACAUCCACCCAUGUGAAAUCUGUGGCCGAAUCUUCAAUAGCAUCGGUAACCUGGAACGACACAAGAUCAUCCACACAGGGGUAAAGAGCCAUGGCUGUGACAAGUGUGACAAAUCAUUCGCAAGGAAGGACAUGCUGAAGGAGCACCUCAGGGUUCAUGACGACAUCCGGGACUUCCUGUGUGCUGAAUGUGGGAAAGGCAUGAAGACAAAACACGCUCUGAGGCAUCACAUGAAGCUUCAUAAGGGCAUCAAAGAGUAUGAGUGUAAGGCGUGUAACCGCAAGUUUGCCCAAAAGGUCAACAUGCUGAAACACUACAAGAGACAUACGGGUGUGAAGGACUUCAUGUGUGAGCUGUGUGGGAAGACGUUCAGCGAGAGGACCACUCUAGAAACACACAAGCUCAUCCACACAGUGGGGAAGACGUGGACGUGUGCGACCUGUGAUAAGAAGUACUUGACAGAGUACAUGCUGCAGAAACAUGUGCACCUGACCCAUGAGAAGGUGGAGGCCCAGUCGUGUCACCUCUGCGGGACAAAGGUGUCCACCCGAGCAUCCAUGAACCGACACCUGCGACGUAAACACCCAGAGGUGGCGUCGAUGAGACUGGAUGAGUUUGAUGAACUUCAGGAAACGUCGACAAUCAAUGAUUCGUCUAUCAGCAUUUCUCAGCCCACUCUGACCCUGGAGAAGGACAGCAUGUGUCAGGAAAGGCCCAUCCGACAUUUCCGACACCCCAAGAAGAAGCAGAGGGUUCAGGUUGAGCCGGAGCUCUCCGAGUCUGAUGAGUUUGUCGACUUCACUGAGCCGAGACACGAAACUCUGCCGGAAUAUAGCACCGUCAUCGUUGGUGAAGAAACUGAGACGAGCUCUGCUGUGCAGAGCAUCCAGCAGGUGGUGGUUCUUACCGACCCCAACACUCAAUCAGCCGCCUCCCCCAACAGCUCGGUGGGGCUGACCAACAUCACAGUCACGCCCAUCACCAGUCAAGCCCCUGCCCAGUUCACCAGCCUGCAGCCUGUAGCUGUGGGUCACCUGACAGCCAGCGACCGGCCCCUCACGCUGGACAACUCCAUCCUCACCGUCACCUUCGACACCGUCAGCGGCUCCGCCAUGCUCCACAACCGUCCCGCCGAACUCAUCCCAGAGACGGUGGGCCCCGGCGGAGGCCCAGCGGCUCAGUCAGUCACCCACUUCAUCAACCUCACUACUCUGGUCAACCCCAUGGGCCACCAGCUGGAGGCGCCGAAUCUGCCCUGGAGGCCUGUACCGGCAGCUGAGGGCAGCCAGGUCAGCCCUGUGAUGGAGGGAACUCAGGGGGAGGGUCUGGAGGCCCAGAACCAGGGUCAACAGCCGGGUCGAUCCGGCCAGAGCCAGCCGCCCACCCCCCAGCACCAGAGCAGCUCAGCACAGCAGAUGUUCGGCUACUGAGCAGAGACUAGAGGUGCCGGUCGCCUCACGCUCACCAACAUUGUUAUAUAGUAGAGAAGAUUUUAUGACUGAACUGUCACCAGAUGCCUCUCCAGCUUCAUGGAAGUGAAUGAAUUUACAUUUUUUUCUUUUGUAUACUGACAAAACAUAGUGGCUGUUAUUAACAUAUUAUAAAAAAGAUAGAGACGGUACCUUCACCAAGAAAAAUGACUCUCCUCUGAAAUAUUUACAUUUCAAACCAAAGCAACAUGUUAAAUUUUCAAAUGCCUUACCAGCCUUUAUAAACACGUGCAUGUCUUCAAGAUGAAUCUGCUGCUCGGAAACUGAAUCAUGAAAUGCCCAACGUUACGGUAAAAGGAAAACACCAGGUGAUAAGUGAUAAAUGAUGGAUGUCAUGUUCCCAAAAGUCUUUAUUUUUAAAUGCUGUAACUAGUUAUUGUUAAAUUGUCUGGGGAAAAAAUACUGGAAUCAUUUUUGUACUGUACUAUUUUUAAACAAAAAAAAUACCUCUUUGAAA